AAUUUCUUUCCUUUCACCACAUUAUUCUUUCUAGUUUUCAGUAAUAUUCUUGAGAGGUGUUGUUGCUGAUUGUUGUUUUUGUUGUUAUAGUUUAAAUUAAUUAUCUUUAUUAAAUUAUUAAAUUUUUAAGACAGUGCCCACAAGCAUAGAUUCUCUCUAUGUUGCAUAUCUCAGAGCUUAACAUCUCUCCUAGCUGGGUGGCUCAGCAAUGGCUGAUUGUGCUCUCCUCUGCUCUGAUUCUCUCUGUUCUUCAAAAGAUUUCCAUCUUUUUUUUGUCACUGUCACCUUUUAAUGGAUGCUCUUGCUCUCCCUUUUUCUUAAGCUUCAGCUUGUGUACACACUAGUUUUUUUUUUAUAUAUUAGCAGUAGUGCAAUAUUUUUGCAUAUUCACCUGUUUUUAUUCCUUUUUCCACUCUAUAAAUAGCUAUUUUCUUUCAUUAAGUUUUCAUUCAUUGCCAAGCUGUGUAGUAGUAGUAGUAGUUCCUUUAACAAAAUGAGCUACCAACAACAUCCUUCAAUGGGUUCUGGUAGUAGAACUGCUAGGAGAACUGUUGAGUUUGGGAGGACUUAUGUGGUGAGGCCUAAAGGGAAACAUCAAGCUACUAUCGUAUGGCUGCACGGUCUCGGUGAUAAUGGCUCGAGUUGGUCUCAGCUCCUGGAAGGCCUUCCUCUUCCAAAUAUUAAAUGGAUUUGUCCCACAGCUUCUACACGUCCCGUGGCACUUCUGGGUGGAUUUUCUUGCACUGCAUGGUUUGAUGUGGCAGAGAUAUCAGAAAAUAGUCCAGAUGACUGGGAAGGUUUAGAUUCCUCAGCAGCACACAUUGCAAAUUUGUUGUCAACAGAGCCAACUGAUGUUAAAGUCGGUAUUGGAGGCUUCAGCAUGGGUGCUGCAAUAGCACUUUACUCUGCAACUUGUGCUGCCCUUGGACGAUAUGGAAAUGGCAAUCUGUACCCUAUUAACCUCAGGGCAGUUGUUGGGCUUAGUGGCUGGCUUCCUGGUUCAAGGAGCUUAGGGAGCAAAAUGGAAGUAUCACAUGAUGCGGCAAGGCGUGCUGCAUCCUUGCCCAUUUUGCUUUGUCAUGGAUCAAAUGAUGAUGUUGUGUCCUAUAGCUACGGAGAGAAAUCUGCUCACGCUUUAAAUUCAGCAGGUUUUCGACAUCUCACAUUCAGACCAUAUGACGGGCUCGGGCAUUACACAGUUCCUAAAGAAAUGGACGAGGUUCGCAAUUGGCUCGCAGCAAAACUGGGCCUAGAGGGAUCACACUCAUAAGGCGAUUGAUGGAAGACUCGUCAUCUUCUAGCCGGAGCUAGAGAUGAUGUAAACAGGGAAAAAAUAAUAUGAGAAGGAAAAGAAAUGGAUUUGUAUAAGUAGGUAGUAAAUAGAAUGGGUGAUGGGUAUAUGGUAUAGAUAUGUUAACCUUCCUAAUUCCCUUUUUGUCUCCUUUCCUGCACUGAAAAAUAAAGCUUUGGAUUUGGCUUGUAGAAUUUUAGAAGUAAUAUUAUGUCUACCAAAUUUUGCUAA